AGAAACCCCAUCGCCCCAACGCCACGCAGCGUUCAGCCCAUCAUUCACCAUGGAGGACCUCGAGUCUCUAGAGAUCUUAUCGCUAGUCUCGAAAGUGACCUCCGAGCUACAAAACCACUUGGGAAUCAGCGACAAGACGCUCGCCGAGUUUGUCAUCGCCCAGCAUGCGGAAUGCAAGACACUCGAUGAGUUUAGGUCGCGGUUGGACGCGAUGGGAGCGGAUUUCCCGGGGAGUUUGAUAGAGAGUAUUGAUCGCCUCGUCAGGACGAUGCAUCCGCGGUACAAAGGGGAGGGUAGCACGCAUAGAGAGUCGACGAAUGGACGGAAUGAAGGGAAGGAUAAGGUGUUCAAGGGACUGGCGAUACCGGAUGUUGAGCCCCCGCGCGUCGAUAUGGAGGCGGAUGGGGCGGAUGCGAUUGAUGAUACCAUGAUGUUAUUGGAAGGGCUUGGGGGGAAAGCGCGGGGCGAGAAACCUAGGGAAACUAGGAAACGAACUCGAAGCCCCGAGGACGACUUUGAGGAGAGGAGAGGGAGGAAGGGACGGUAUCGAUCUAGGUCGCCUGAGCAGAACCGCAACAACGUUUCAAGGAGAAUGGAUAAAUAUGAGGAGGAAGACGAAUAUGGUCGAUCGCGGAAGGGGCACAGGAGCCGCAGAGACGGGCACGAGAGCGGGCGACGGAGACAUGGCGAGGAUAGUCUGAGGAACCCCCCGAAACAGGAAAUCGACGACCAGCCGAUACUAUACAAAGUGUACGAGGGACAUGUCACCAGUGUUAAAGACUUUGGCGCAUUCGUCAACCUGCACGGAGUCAGGGGGCGAGUCGACGGUCUCGUGCAUAUAUCUGCUCUUCUAGAAGGGUCGCGGGUUAACCAUCCCUCGGAUCUCGUCUCGAGGGACCAGACUGUUAAGGUCAAGGUUGUGAAAAUUGAGAAUGGGAAGAUUGGAUUAUCUAUGAAGGAGGUGGAUCAGGAGACAGGGCGCGACCUUGCGCCUCAAACUCGGAUAGAGUCUGGCGCGAACUCAGAGCAGCUUGGAGGAGGCGGGAAACGCGAAUAUGGCAAUUUACUCGGUGACCAAGGCUCCUCUUUUGGGAGGGAUAAUGCUCCGCCACCGCGGCAGAAGAAGAGGAUGACGUCGCCUGAGAGAUGGGAGGUCAGGCAGCUGAUCGCGUCUGGAGUGGUAAAAGCUUCGGACUACCCGGAUCUAGAUGAAGACUAUAAUGCCGCCUUGAAUGGUGAGGGCGAGAUGGAACUUGAGGAAGACAUCGAUAUCGAGAUCAAGGACGAGGAGCCUCCUUUCCUUGCUGGUCAGACUAAGCAAUCGCUCGAAUUAUCACCGAUUAGAGUUGUUAAAGCACCAGAUGGAUCUCUUAACCGUGCCGCAAUGUCUGGAGCAACUCUGGCAAAGGACAGGCGAGAGCUGAGACAACAGGAAGCGCAGGACAAGGCCGCCGAAGAGGGAGCCAAAGUAGACUUGUCCGCACAAUGGCAGGACCCAAUGGUAGCGCCCGAAGACCGAAAGUUCGCCAGCGAGUUCCGAUCAGCCAAGCAAAACCCGGCCAGUGAAGAAGUUGUUCCUGAGUGGAAACGUGUUACCCAGAGCAAAGAUGUGCCGCUGGGUAGGCGCACCAAUAUGACAAUCAAGGAACAGCGCGAUUCUUUGCCUAUAUUCAGAUUCCGCUCUGAGCUCAUCAAGGCUGUCCACGAUAAUUCACUUCUGAUUGUUGUCGGUGAGACGGGAUCUGGAAAGACGACUCAGUUGACGCAGUACUUGGCCGAAGCGGGAUUUGCAAAUAAUGGUAUUAUCGGAUGCACGCAGCCCCGUCGUGUUGCUGCCAUGUCUGUUGCGAAGCGUGUCGCUGAGGAGGUCGGCUGUAAGCUGGGAGAGGAAGUUGGCUACACGAUCCGUUUCGAGGACUGCACGAGCCCAAAUACGAAGAUCAAGUACAUGACUGAUGGUAUGCUGGAGCGAGAGGUUCUUAUGGACCCUGACUUGAAGCGCUACUCUGUUAUUAUGUUGGAUGAGGCUCACGAACGGACGAUUUCUACUGAUGUGUUGUUUGCGCUGCUCAAGAAGACCUUGAAGCGACGACCGGAUCUGAAGGUCAUCGUUACAUCCGCAACACUCGAUGCAGACAAAUUCUCAGAGUACUUCAACCAGUGCCCGAUUUUCUCCAUCCCUGGUCGCACGUUCCCAGUCGAGAUCAUGUAUUCUAGGGAACCAGAGUCUGAUUAUUUGGACGCGGCUUUGGUGACGGUCAUGCAGAUUCAUCUCACGGAACCCCCUGGAGAUAUUCUCUUGUUCUUAACGGGACAAGAAGAAAUUGACACAAGUUGUGAGAUUCUCUUCGAGCGGAUGAAAGCUCUUGGCCCCACCGUACCAGAACUCAUCAUCCUGCCCGUCUACUCUGCCCUCCCCACCGAAAUGCAGAGUAAGAUCUUCGACCCCGCACCCCCUGGAAGCCGCAAGGUCGUCAUUGCCACAAACAUUGCCGAGACAUCCAUCACCAUCGACCACGUCUACUACGUUAUCGACCCCGGCUUCGCCAAGCAAAACGCCUACGACCCCAAGCUCGGCAUGGACUCUCUCGUCGUAACCCCCAUCUCGCAAGCCCAAGCCCGCCAACGAUCCGGCCGCGCCGGCCGCACAGGCCCGGGAAAGUGCUUCCGUCUCUACACCGAAGCCGCUUUCCAAUCCGAGAUGCUGCCGACCUCCAUCCCCGAGAUCCAGCGCCAAAACCUCUCCCACACCAUCCUAAUGCUCAAAGCCAUGGGCAUCAACGACCUCCUCCACUUCGACUUCAUGGACCCCCCGCCCACAAACACCAUGUUAACCGCCCUCGAAGAACUCUACGCCCUCUCCGCCCUCGACGACGAAGGCCUCCUCACCCGCCUAGGCCGCAAAAUGGCCGACUUCCCCAUGGAGCCCGCCCUAGCCAAAGUCCUCAUUGCCUCCGUCGAUCUCGCCUGCGCCGACGAAAUCCUCUCCAUCGUAGCCAUGCUGUCCCUGCAAUCGCCCUUCUACCGCCCCAAGGAGAAACAAGCACAAGCCGACCAGAAGAAAGCCAAAUUCCACGAUCCGGCUGGAGACCACCUUACCCUCUUGAAUGUGUAUAAUGCUUGGAAACAAGCUAAUUAUGCGACUCCUUGGUGCUUUGAGAAUUUCAUCCAGGCCCGCUCGAUGAAGCGCGCUAAGGACGUGCGUGAUCAGCUCGCGAACAUCAUGACGCGCUACCGCCACGCCAUCGCGUCGUGUGGGCGCGACACUGCACGCGUGCGGCGCGCGCUGUGUGCUGGUUUCUUCCGGAGCGCGGCGCGCAAGGACCCUCAGGAGGGGUAUAAGACGUUGAUUGAAGGGACACCUGUUAGUUUGCAUCCUUCCUCGGCGCUGUUUGGGAAACAGGCGGAGUGGGUGAUUUACCAUACGCUUGUUUUGACGAGUAAGGAGUAUAUGCACCAGACGACCGUUAUUGAGCCGAAGUGGCUCGUGGAGGCGGCGCCGACGUUCUUCAAGGUUGCUGGGAAGGAUGGGCUCAGUAAGCGGAGGAAGGCGGAGAGGAUUCAGCCGCUGUAUAAUAAGUUUGCUGCGGAGGAUGAUUGGAGACUUAGUGCGCAGAAGAGGCAGGGACGAGGUGGUGGGGGUGGGACUUGGGGUUAGAGUGGAGGAAAUGGGGGUUAGAGAAGAUAAUUUGUAUGAUAUAUCACAGACUUAUGAGCAUAAAGGGAUACUGUUGCGUG